GUGGUGGCGACAGAAACCGCGGCGAGUAGUGGGGGAGCUGGUUUUACGAACUCUGUGAGGCUGCCACUUACCGAAAUAAUCGUCAAGUUUUUCCCUCUUUUUUCAGAACUGCCAUUCCCUGAACUGUUUAAUCAUUUUCGUUUUAUUUCCUUUAAAAAAAGAAAACAGUUAAACGUUCAAACACGUAAUUAUCUUCUUCUUCUUCCUCUCAUUUACUAUAAAUUUCCCAAUUUCCUCUUUGAUUGCUGCACUCAACUUCCUCUUCAUCUCUUCUUCUCUACCGCCACUGUUACUUCUUACUUCACAUCACUCAAAAACCUGAGUUUUACAGCUAUGGCUCCCAAGUUAGCUCGAAUCCCUAGCAUGAGAGAUCGCGUGGAAGACACUCUCUCUGCUCAUCGAAACGUUCUCGUUUCUCUUCUGUGCAGGUAUGUGGAGCAAGGAAAAGGAAUACUGCAACCGCAUACUUUGAUCGAUGAGUUUGAUAAUGUUGUCACCGAUGAGGAAACUCAUCAGACGCUUAAAGAAGGUCCGUUCGGUGAAGUACUUAAAUCUGCUCAGGAAGCUAUAGUUCUGCCUCCAUUUGUGGCGAUAGCCAUUCGUCCAAGACCUGGUGUUUGGGAAUAUGUUCGUGUGAAUGUUCAUGACCUCAGUGUGGAACAACUGGAUGUCUCUCAAUACCUAAAAUUUAAAGAGGAACUAGUUGAUGGACCGUCUAAUGAUCGAUAUGUACUUGAGCUUGAUUUUGAACCAUUCAAUGCUGGUAUUCCUCGCCCACACCGGUCUUCAUCUAUUGGCAAUGGUGUUCAGUUCCUCAAUCGCCAUCUUUCGUCCAUCAUGUUCCGCAACAAGGACUGUUUGGAACCUUUACACGAUUUUCUUCGAGCACACAAAUAUAAAGGACAUGCCUUGAUGUUGAAUGAUCGGAUCCAUAAUAUAUCUGGACUUCAGUUUGCGCUUGCUAAGGCAGAAGAACAUAUUUCUAAGCUUCCACCUGAUGCGCCAUAUUCGGAAUUUGAAUAUAAGUUACAAGGAUUGGGUUUGGAGAGAGGUUGGGGAGACACUGCUUCACGGGUUUUGGAGAUGAUGCAUCUUCUCUCGGACAUCCUGCAGGCUCCUGAUCCCUCUAAUCUAGAGACGUUCCUUGGGAGGGUACCAAUGGUGUUUAAUGUUGUGAUUUUGUCUCCACAUGGGUACUUUGGCCAAGCAAAUGUGUUAGGAUUACCUGACACUGGUGGACAGGUUGUUUAUAUACUGGAUCAAGUGCGUGCUCUGGAGAAUGAAAUGCUUCUUAGAAUACAGAAGCAAGGCCUGGAUUUUAAGCCCAGGAUUUUGAUUGUCACCAGAUUAAUACCUGAUGCGAAAGGGACCACAUGCAACCAGCGGUUGGAAAGAGUUAGUGGAACAGAAUACACACAUAUUCUGCGAGUUCCUUUUAGAUCAGAUAAAGGAAUUCUUCGAAAAUGGAUCUCAAGAUUUGAUGUUUGGCCGUACCUGGAAACCUUUGCUGAGGACGUGGCAAGUGAAAUUAUUGCAGAGCUGCAGGCCGUUCCUGAUUUUAUUAUAGGGAACUACAGUGACGGGAACCUCGUUGCUUCUUUGUUGGCUUAUAAAAUGGGGGUUACACAGUGCACCAUUGCGCAUGCCUUGGAGAAAUCCAAGUAUCCAGAUUCAGAUAUAUAUUGGAAAAAGUUUGAUGAGAAAUAUCACUUUUCAUGUCAGUUCACUGCUGAUAUCUUAGCCAUGAACAAUGCAGAUUUUAUCAUCACCAGUACCUACCAAGAGAUAGCAGGAACGAAGAAUACUGUUGGUCAGUAUGAGAACCACACUGCUUUCACUCUUCCAGGGCUAUAUCGAGUUGUCCAUGGCAUUGAUGUUUUUGACCCAAAGUUCAACAUUGUCUCUCCUGGAGCGGAUAUGUCCAUUUAUUUCCCGUAUUCUGAAAAGCAAAAAAGACUUACGUCAUUACACGGUUCAAUAGAAAAGAUGUUAUAUGAUCCUGAGCAGACCGAGGAGUGGAUUGGAACAUUAAACGAUAAGUCAAAACCCAUGAUCUUUUCCAUGGCAAGGCUGGACCAGGUGAAAAACAUAACUGGAUUGGUGGAGAUGUAUAGUAAGAAUACCAAACUGAGGGAGCUGGUAAACCUUGUUGUGGUAGCUGGAUAUAUUGAUGUUAAGAAAUCGAAGGACAGGGAAGAAAUAGCUGAAAUUGAGAAGAUGCAUGACUUUAUGAAAAAAUACAAACUGGAAGGGCAAUUUCGAUGGAUAACAGCCCAAACCAAUCGAGCACGUAAUGGUGAGCUCUACCGCUAUAUAGCUGAUACAAGAGGAGCUUUUGUGCAGCCUGCGUUUUAUGAAGCUUUUGGACUGACAGUUGUGGAGGCCAUGACUUCCGGGCUUCCGACAUUCGCCACUUGCCACGGUGGUCCAGCAGAGAUUAUUGAGGAUGGUAUUUCCGGAUACCACAUUGAUCCGUACCACCCUGAUAAGGCAGGUGCAAUUAUGGCAGAUUUCUUCGGAAAGUGCAAAGAUGAUCCAAGCUAUUGGGAUAAAAUCUCUGAUUCAGGGCUCCAGAGGAUUUAUGAAAGAUACACAUGGAAGAUUUACUCUGAGAGGCUGUUGACAUUGGCUGGGGUAUAUGGUUUCUGGAAGUAUGUGUCCAAACUCGAGAGGCUUGAAACUCGGAGAUAUCUCGAGAUGUUCUACAUUCUCAAGUUCCGUGAUUUGGUGAAAACCGUUCCUUUGUCAAUUGACGAAAAUUAAGCUGAACUUCGCCUACUUGAGCCAGAUUAGCAACAUCAAAUGGUAAUGACAAUAAAUAAAUAACUGUUGCCGUGUUUAGCAUGUAUAACAUUCGGUUAUGGCGCAAAAUUAUGCAAGUGAAACUUAUGUAAAAUGAACGAUUGUGAAAUACCGUGUAUUGUAGUUAUGAAUAAAUUGAGUUUUGUUCCUUCA